AUGUCCGAACUCGACAAAACGAUCACUCCCGCGCCCACUCUCCCGCCUCCCAAGUUCAAAGUCGUGCCCUUUAUCCCAAAGGUAGAGCGAGACGUCCAUGAUCUGGAGAACAGAGUAGAGUCCUUCGUCGACAAAGUCGAGGAGAAGGUCGAGGCGUUCUUCGAAGCGGCGACAAAGCCCUUCGUUGGCGACCCGGCGGUGCAGCAGAUCAUUGGCGUCGACGAGUUCCAGAACUGGGGGAAGAACGUCGGCUUCCGUGCGAGCUAUCAGCUCGUUGUGCGUUCUAUCGACGGCGUGUGUAAUGUCGUCAAGUGGGCCGCCUCCCAGGGCAAGAGAGUUCGCGUCGCUGGGUUCCGGCACAGCUGGAGCGAGGUUUUUGGACAGAACGGGGACGUUAUCAUCAUGUUCCUGCCAUUUGAUACGCUUGUGACGCUGCCGUAUAAGAGUCCGCCUCCGGAUUGGAAGACCGAGCUGUCUGGAAUUACACCUGCUACUAGUGUUGCUGGGAGGACACCUUCGCCUGGGCAUUCAUUCUUCAAGAUUAUGGCUGGUACCACGAACGAUCAGUUCCGUCAGUGGUGCUUUGACAACAAGAAGCACUGCUUGCCAUUUAAUGUUAUCAUGGUCGAGGUCACCUUUGGCGGAACGAAUGGUCCGAUCUGUCAUGGCUCCAGCCUGUCCUCCACCACUCUUUCAGACCUCGUGGUUGAAGUCGAGUACGUCGAUGCCAAGGGCAUGCUCCGCAAGGUGAACGAUAGGAACGAGCUCCGCGCAGCAAGCGGCGCAUUCGGGCUCCUUGGUAUUGUCGUAGCACUGACGCUACAGCUCGACGACAUGGGCGUGACAGACAUGAUGCCCUUGAAGGUGCCGAUGCCGCUCGCGAUCCCGCCGCCUCCGGGCUUCGACAUCCCGUCCGAAGUGAAGAAAAUAAUCGCCGACAAGAAUAUCACAAAUGAGGAUCUGGCGAAAGCGCAGAAGGAAUUCGAAAGGCGCUGCGAGACAGACUACUAUCUCGAGUGGUUCUGGUUCCCCUAUCAGGACGACUGCUGGGUCAACACAUGGUCGACGUCCGAGAACGGCUCACGACGUGAAUAUCCAAGCGUACCCAGGAGUCGGUCUUCUGGAUGGCGUCAAGUCUCAGCAGCGUCCUUGGCAGAGUCUGUGGUGAGCUACACGCCCUUCCGGUGGCUACCUGGCCGACUGCAGGCGUUCACGAUGGGCGCCGCGGCCAUGCUUGCGCUGCCAAGCAUCUCGGAUCCGGCAAAAGCUAUCCGAACCCUCCAGAGUGAGGCAGAGCAUUUCCGACGCGGAAUUCAGAACUAUAGGUGCUGGGACACCGAGUGGGAAAUACCGGUCCCCACGGUUCAAGGGAAGCCGAAGUACGAGGUCAUCCAGCGCGCCUGGUGGGAUGCUAUCGCCGCGAUGUACUCACGCAAGGACGCGCCGGUGCGCGUCGCGCUCGAGAUGCGACUCACGGGCGGGUCAGACGUGCUGCUCGCGCCACAGCGAGGCAACACGGCGACGUGCUCAAUCGAGGUACUCACGACACUGAUCACGCCGCGGGAUGACUGGGCGACGUUCAUGCAGCAGGUUGCAGACAAGUGGACGGCUUACGACCUGCGGGAUGAGCAGGGCCGGACGCUGUACCCGCGGCCGCAUUGGGCCAAGCAGUGGAAGGGCCUCAUCGUGCGUGGGAAGCCGGUUGAGCAGUAUCUCAGGGAGGACGCAUACAAGGAGGCGUUCGCUGAGUUUAGGGAGGCGUUCAAGGGUAUUGUGCAGAGGAACCAAGGGACUGUCAAAGAGACUCUAAGGGUAUUUGGAAAUGACCUUAUGGUUAGAUUAAUUUUCCCGUGA